AUGGCGGUGUAUCCGCCUGGGGAUCAUUCCCCACCCCCGCCGAAGGACGAAUGGCAACUCGAAUCCCGAGAAUCGGAGGCGUUGAGAGCGCAAGAGAAAGAGGGGGAGAAGCGAAGAUGGUCAAGAUGGCUAAGAUGGCACUGCUGGGGUUUUGCGAAGAAGGCCCCGCAGGAAGCGGACAAGACGAAAAAGGCAAGAACGCAGUGGCUCAUGGGUGGUGCGUCGUCACUGCGCCUGUCUGCGCCCAAGACUGCGGCGAGGAGCUGGGGCCAAGGGUCGUCAGCAUUGCGAAGCAGGGGGUGGGCCGCGCUGCCAGGAGCGUUCCAUUUUUACCCGAUGGGUCAGAAUCUGGAACGGACCCAAGACACUGGCCGUCAGGAUGCAGCUGUCCGGCAUCCACCGCCCAAGUCCCACCUAACCCCACCGUCGUCUCCGAAGAAUCGCGGGUUUCGUUCCAUCAUGGGGAGAUUCGGGUCCUUGUUUAAGAAGUCAGAGAAGGAGAAGCCGGAGUCGAACCCUUACGCUCAGCAGCCUGCUGCCCAAUCUCCCGCCCAGUCCUCCCCUCCUCCGCAAUACGAUCAGUACACCCAGUACAACAACUCUCAAUACAAUGACAACCAGUAUGCCACGCAACGCCCUCAAGGCCAACCGUCCGGUUUGCCGACCGGUCCCCGCCCCGGCGGCCUUCCGGGCAGAGUAGCCCCCGGGCCAGGCUUUGGAAACGACAAGCCCCCCCCACCACAAUACUCGCCCCAGCCUUCCCAGUAUUCUGCCUACAGCCCCUCGCUUGGCUCCGCAGCCGGAACCCCCGUCCUCCCCUCCAACACUUCCAGCCCGUCGAUGGGUACCGGAUUCCCAAGGGAGAAAUAUGGUGCUUCGGACGGCGUUGGGAAAAAUCGGUUCGAACCUGCGCCAUCAUCGUAUGGCAACUCUGCUGGCCCCUCUUCACAACAGCAGGGAGGUUACGGAAAUUUGGGAGGCACAGGGAGCGGGGGCCUGUUCGACAACUACAAUGGCCCCUCCAAGCAGACUGCUGGGUCCGUGCCGGGGCAGGCAGGCGCGGCUUACGAUCCCUCCAUGCAAUAUGGUGAAUCGCAGGCGAUGACCGCAGAAGAAAGGGAACAAGCCGAAGUGGACGAUCUGAAAUCCCAGAUCUUGGCAGAGCAGGAGGCGACAAACCAAUCUGGGCGACGCGCCUUAGCCAUGGCGACCCAGGCCAAUGAACAGAUGGAGGCCAUAUCUGGCCACCUUCUUCGGAACACCGAGGCGUUUAACCAGAUUGAAAGGAACGCGAACAGGACAAAGGCCCAAGCGGAUAUUAGCGGUGUAAACAUAGACAGCCUGAAUGCGGCCAAUACGUCAAUGUUCAACUUUGUCGCCAACAGCAAAGCGAGAACUGCGAUGCGGGAAGAUAAAAAGAUGAACAUUGAACGGCAAAACGAAGCGCAGCUUGAACAGGUGAGGCAAGAGGAGCAAGACCUUGCCCGGAAGUGGCAGGCCAGAGAACAACAGCUCGAGGCUGCUAGGCCCAAGGUGCUUCUUGGUGCUACCAGCAAAACGGAGUCCUCCAAAUGGGAGUUCGAAGAUGACACUGGCGAGCAGAGGGAAAAGAAUGAGGAGCAUGAUGAAAUCGUGGACCAACUCACGGAGGCGAGCAGACAAUUGCGAAAGGGGGCAGAGUUCCACAAGUUCAUGCUUGAACAACAAAAUGCCCAGCUUGACCGCAUCACAAACAAGGUCGAGACUGCUGGCGACGCUGUGACAAAGCAGCGGAAACCGAAGAUCGAAUCCAACUCAUUGGCACCAAAUCCGGAAACUGACUCCUCAACACCACUGCUGCCACCAUCUCUCGCACCAGCUUCGAAUGUUGAAGGGGCAAGUUCUCGAGGAACCAUCCCUUCCAGGCCACCUGCAGGUGAUCCCCAAUAUUUCGAUACACGACAGGCUCUACCGUUAUGGUCCCGGCAGGAAGAGAUCCGCCGCAUUUUGCGGCAAAAGGAUGUUCUAGUCCUCGUGGGUGAGACGGGCUCGGGCAAAAGUACUCAAGUACCACAGUUCCUAUACCAGGAAAAAUGGUGUCAAAGGAGGAAAGUAAAGGUUCAGACUGGCGAAGGAGUGCAGGAGGUCAACGUGGGAGGCAUGAUUGCGAUCACACAGCCGAGGCGAGUUGCCGCGACGACUCUUGCCCACCGUGUCUCCCGAGAAGCAGGCACGCCGCUCAAUGCGCAAAAUGCGGGCGGGGAAGGCAAGGGGCCCGCCUCGAAAGGCCUUGUGGGCUACUCUGUUCGCUUCGACCACCGCGUUCCGCCUGGGACCAGGAUCAAAUAUCUAACCGAAGGCAUGCUGCUCCAGGAGCUGCUUCGCGACCCCCACCUAAGGCAAUACAGCGCGAUCCUAGUCGAUGAAAUCCAUGAGCGGAGCGUGGAUGUCGACCUGCUGUCCGGAUUUCUCAAGCAAAUCAUCUCCGGAGACAAGGCUGGCCGUGGCGGGAUCCCGCUCAAAGUUGUCAUCAUGAGCGCCACGGCCAAUGUCGAGAAGAUCACCAACUUUUUCUCCGGUACAGAACCCGAAAACUCAAAUGCACCUUCCAAUCCAGUGGCUGGGCCAAAGAGUUCGGUUGAGUAUCUCCAAAUCGAAGGACGACAAUUUCCAGUUGAUAUCGUUCAUACGCCGAAAGCCGUCCCGGACAUUCAGGAAGCGCUGCUGAAGACCAUUUUCAAGCUACACACCGAAGAAGCCCUAUCAGAUAAACAUGGCAAAAAAGACAUAUUGGCAUUCCUCACCGGUCAAGAGGAGAUCGAGUCCGCCCAGAGACUGAUCGAGGAAUACGCCUCGACACUGGGGCCGAAACUACCAAAAGUCAAGGUUUUCCCGCUGUUUGGCCAACUCUCGAUGGAGGCACAGCACGAGGCUUUCCAGCCGAUCAAAGGCGGGCAUACAAGGAAAAUUGUCCUUGCUACCAACAUCGCAGAAACGUCCGUCACCGUGCCUGGCGUACGAUACGUAAUCGAUUGUGGGAAGUCAAAGGUGAAGCAGUUCCGGCCAAGGCUGGGCAUGGAGUCGCUGCUCGCGAAGCCCAUUUCAAAGUCCUCUGCCAUCCAGAGGACUGGUCGAGCAGGGCGUGAAGGCCCUGGCAAAUGUUUCAGGCUUUAUACCGAAGAGACAUACGAAACGCUCUACAAGACUGACCUUCCCGAGAUUCUACGGACCGACAUCCUCAGCGCUAUCCUCACGAUGAAAGCGAGAGGCAUUGAUGAUGUUUUGGCCUUCCCUCUGAUGGACAGACCUGGGAUUGAGUCGGUUGAGAAAGCCCUCUUACAUCUGCAUAUUCUCGGUGCGCUCGCAGACGACGGCUCCAUAACGGAAGUAGGGCGCAAGAUGGUAUCGUUUCCCGUCUCGCCGCCUUACGCCCGGGUUAUAAUGGCAGCAGCGUCCCCGAAGUACGACUGUUUGCUUGAGGCGAUUGAUAUCAUCUCAUGUAUCACGUCCGGUGAGGACAUCUUCCUUCAACUUCGGACGGAGGAGGCAAAGGAAGAAGUUGAGGAGCACCGGAAGGAGCUUUUUCGCCGCGAAGGUGAUCUCCUUACCUACCUAACGACGAUGCAGCUCUACUCAGCCGAGAACACCGACCGAAUCAAAUGGUGCAAGGACCGCAAGCUCAACCUCAGAAACAUGAAACAGGCCCUGAACAUUCGGAAGCAACUUCGCGGCCUGUGUGUACGGCAAGGCAUGAUGGAGCAGCCGCCUCCGGAUCCGCAACCGUUCACUCCACUAUCGCCUGAAUUGGCGGCGGCAAUCCUCAAGUGCUUCCUGACGGGGUUCUCUAUCAAGACGGCGAUCCUAGCACCGGAUAAUAGCUACGUCACGGCGCAUGGUAAACACGUCGUGGCAAUACACCCCUCCAGUGUUAUUCAUGGACAGAAGAAGGAGGCCAUCAUGUUCUUGGAGCAUGUGUACACGCAGAAGAACUACGCAAAGAAGGUCAGCGUCAUCCAGGCCGUGUGGAUAGCCGAAGCUCUUGAGGGGUAG